AUGUGGCAGAAUAUCUGUCAGUUUGGUCAGAAGCUGGUCCACCGGUGGCCCCUGGCACGACAGUCUGAGUCUCCCUUGUCCUGCUGUCUGACCACUUUGCACCUGGUGACCUUGGGUGUGGGCAGCACCCUGGGAGCAGGAGUGUAUGUCCUGACUGGGGAGGUGUCCAGAGAGAAGGCUGGACCACCCAUCAUCAUCUGCUUUUUGGUCGCUGCCCUGUCUUCCGCGCAGUCUGGGCUCUGUUUUACAGAGUUUGGAGCCAGGGUGCUGUGUUCCGGUUCUGCUUAUCUCUACAGCUGUGUCACAGAGGGCCAGCUCUUAGCUUUCAUCACUGGCUGGAACCUCGUCCUCUCCAGUGUCAUUGGUACAGCUAGUGUGGCUUGAGCCCGGAGCGCAGCUUUUCAGAGUCUCACGGGGAAUCACAUCUCCAAGGCCCUGAACAACACUUUCCCUAUGCAAAUGCCUGGCUUCCUGUCCAAGUAUCCAGACUUUUUUGCACUGGGGCUGGUGCUGAUUCUCAUUGGGCUCCUGGCACUGAGGGCUCGAGAGUCAGCCCUGGUCAGCAGAGUCUUCACAGGGGUGAACCUUUUGGUGAGCUUCAUCUCUCUCUCUGGCGUCAUUAUGGGAGAUCUGCACAAUUGGCAGCUCACAGAGGAGGACUAUAGACUGGCCAUGCUAGAGCCCAACAGCACUGUCAGCUCAGGCAGUCUGAGCUCUGGAGGGUUCGUGCUUUUUGGCUUUGAUGGGGUUCUCCGUGGUGCGGCCACCUGCUUUGCCUUCAUUGGGUUCACCUGUAUUGCCACUACAGGGGAGGAGGCCCGCUGUCCCCAGCGCUCCAUCCCGCUGGGCAUUGUGACCUCACUGUUUGUUUGCUUUCUGAUGUAUUUUGGUGUCUCUGCCGCACUCAUGCUUAUGAUGCCCUACUACCAGAUUCACACAGACAGUCCCUUGCCCCAGGCCUUUGUCUAUGUCGGAUGGGGCCCUGGCCGAUUCGCAGUGGCUGUUGGUACCCUGUGCGCCCUUUCCUCCAGCCUCCUGGGUUCCAUGUUCCCUGUGCCUGGGGUGGUCUAUUCCAUGGCAGAGGAUGGACUCCUAUUCUGUAAACUUGCCUGCAUCCAUUCUCGGACAUACACGCCUGUCCUGGCUACUGUCAUUUGUGGACUCAUAGCGGCAUCCAUGGCUGUUCUUUUUGAGCUCAGUGAUCUUGUGGAUCUCACAUCCAUCGGGACCCUGCUCACCUACUCCCUGGUGGCCUUUUCUGUUCUGGUCCUCAGAUACCAGCCAGACCAGAACCUAAACUCUGGUAAGAAUGAAAAAUCUGAGGGUGGAGCUGUUGAGAUGAGGCCUACGCCUGAAGCUUCAUCCCUAGAGCCCGUUCCGAAAGCAAGAAGUGUGGGGAUUCUGAGGAGUCUGUGUGUCCCCACAGAUGCCACCCCCACUCUGAGAUCCGGUCGGGUUGUCUAUGGAUGUGCCUCCCUGCUUGUCUUCCUGCUGAUGUUCCUGUGCCUGAUCCUGGCCCAGUGGCCCAGGCACCUGCUCUCUGGAGACCUGGUUUUGAUCGCCGUGGCUGUUUCAUUACUGUUUCUCAUUGUUGGCAUGGUGGCUGUCAUCUGGAGACAGCCCCAGAAGGCUACAACUCUCCACUUCAAGGUCCCUGCACUGCCUCUGCUCCCUCUACUGAGCAUCUUUAUGAAUGUCUACCUAAUGAUGCAAAUGGCUGCUGGGACCUGGGCUUGCUUUGGAGUCUGUAUGCUGACUGGAUUUGCUAUUUAUUUUGGAUAUGGAAUCUGGCACAGUUUGGAAGAGAAGACUGACCAACAGCCGGCGGUGUCAAGCUCCCAGACUCUUCAUGAAAAUACCCCUGGGGCCGAAUUAGCUUAA